AUCAAAAUUUUACUGAAAUGCGGCCAUUUUCCAAGGUUGUGGGUGUUUUGUGACCGACGUCUUAGAAAUUACCUGGAAGGGGAAAAAAAAGUUACUUUUAAUUUUCGUGUAAAUUUCGCCACUUUAGUGUUGUUUCCGUAGGGUCUGGUGUACUAAUAGGGUGUGCCGUAAAUCUUAAAAUAAUUUAUUGCUUACGCUGUCGUGAAGUAUGGCCGACCGGGAAGAUAAUGUCUACAAAGCUAAACUUGCCGAGCAGGCGGAGCGAUAUGAUGAAAUGGUAGAAGCAAUGAAAAAAGUAGCUUCUCUUGAUCUGGAAUUAACAGUAGAGGAGCGUAAUUUGCUUUCUGUGGCCUACAAGAAUGUCAUUGGAGCUCGUAGAGCUUCAUGGAGGAUCAUCAGCAGCAUAGAGCAGAAGGAAGAAAAUAAAGGAGCCGAAAAUAGACUGGAAAUGAUAAAAACCUACAGAGUUCAGGUUGAAACUGAGUUGAAGGAUAUUUGUCAAGACAUACUUGAUGUUCUGGACAAACAUUUAAUUCCUACAGCUUCUACUGGAGAAUCUAAAGUAUUUUACUAUAAGAUGAAGGGUGAUUACCACCGUUACCUGGCAGAAUUUGCCACUGGAAAUGAUCGGAAAGAGGCUGCAGAAAACAGUCUUGUAGCGUAUAAGGCUGCAAGUGAUAUUGCAAUGACGGAGCUUCCACCAACUCACCCUAUUCGUUUGGGCCUUGCUCUCAAUUUCUCAGUCUUUUACUAUGAGAUCUUAAAUUCUCCUGACAGGGCAUGUCGCCUGGCAAAGGCAGCAUUUGAUGAUGCUAUAGCGGAGCUUGAUACUCUGAGUGAAGAAAGCUACAAAGACUCCACUCUCAUAAUGCAGCUUUUGCGUGACAACCUGACGUUGUGGACGUCUGAUAUGCAACACGAUGGUGAAAGUGAACAGAAAGAGCAAGUUCAAGAUGUUGAAGAUCAAGAUGUUUCAUAAGUCAUUUUAUAUUCAUAAAAAACACGUAUUCCAUUAAUUUGUUACAGUGUGAGAUGGUUUUGUGUUUAUUGCAACAUAGGGUAUUUUCUUUGCUCAUUUUCGAUCCGCAGAUGUUUUGUGUCUGUAAGAAUGCGAAAAGUUUCCUCUUAAUGGGGAAGCUUGCCAGCCAUAAAUAUCUUUGGUAAUUAUGUAUUUUAGACUGUUGUCUAAUAUUUGUAGGUUGAGUUUAUUUUUAUCUUGUCUUUAUUCAGAAGUUGUGGUGUACAAAAUGUGCCAGAAUAAAAUUCAUUUAAUAUAAAUUUAAAAAAAUAAAAUUUUUAAAGUUUUUUCCUCUAAAAUUUUAUGCACUUUCAUGCUUGAGUCUAAAUGUAAUAAACAAAAAUUAUCCAUCAUAUUUAAGGGGACGGGAGUUAGUCCUAUUUAAUGGGAAACACGCAUCUGUAUAAAUUUUCAUGUUAAAAAGAUGUUAUUAAAAGUUUUUUUAAUGUUUUUCCUUCAAAUGCAAUAUGAGAACUUUUAUAAAAUGAUGGAAUAUGUAUUUGUGUGGGCAUGUGUGGCAUAUGCAGGGUUUUGAUUAAUUUUAAUAGGAUUAUCUCUGCAGUUAAAUUUUACAGUAAUCCUUUUUUAAUAUAUAUGUAAAGUUAAAUUAUGGAUGUGUGUUUUGUAUUAUUUCUGCUUUUGCAUUUUAGAUUUAUGUACACUAAUUUAAUCUUGUGUAUAUUGAUAGUUUCUGCUUAUUGUUGUGUAAGUUAAUAUUUGAAAAACCUCACACAUGUACUCUCAUUUACAUUUCAAGUGCAUGGUUUUGUGAUAUAUUAAGUGUAAUAAACAUGUUGCAGUUUAUGAAUGUGACAGCAACAUGUAUUGAAGAGUAAUGUGUUUUCUUUUAUGUGUAUUAAAAAGUUUCAUACUAGGAAUAAUUAUAACUAAAAAAAAACUGGCAUAAAGCAUCUGUAUCUUCAUGUUUUGCUUUGUUAUGAAUCCUCUUUAUAUAUAUAUAUUAAUGAAAAUUAUAUUUCACAUAUGUAACUUAUUCCAUGAAGUUUUUCAUACUCAGGCAUAAGUAGCAUAGAUCUAUAUGUCACAUUAGUAUACUAUAGGUUUUUUGGAAAGAAAAAAAAGAAAAAAAAAUAGGUACUCUCGAUACAAACCAUCGAUCUACUUAGGGAGAAAAACGGCACAUCCGCCGGAAACUAUUUGGGACUAAAAUCUUUGUAGGCAAUGCACAGGGACACGUUAGCGCAAGUUUCGUGCUAUUUAAUCCCUUUCUCUUUCCGGCUAGAAUCAUGCUAUUUUAGAACCAUUUUUGUUCCUUUUUGAAGAGCAUGCUUUGAGGAAUCCCUUUAGGUACCGUGUUGUUAGGGGGGGGAUCUUCGACUUCCGCUAACACGAUUACAGAAAACCACUUUUGUACUCCUGUAUGAUUAACUAUACUUUAUAACUAUCUUAGAAAGAAUUUCGAUGAAGAAUUAGAAAUCUAUAAACAUGUCAUCGAAACAACAGUCGAUGUUUUUUAUGUGGGCUGUUCUGAAGAAGUAUGCAUGUUGUCUAUAACAGGUUGCCAAUAUUGGACUGGUUAUAGCAUUUUUAUUCAGAAUAAUAAUGGCUUUUUAUUUUCCUUUUAAGAUUUUUUAAUAAAUUCACUUUCUAGCAGUUUGUAUUCAUUCCAUUAAAGUUGGAAAUGAUUUUUGCCAUGUAUCUGCUUAAUUCACUGUGCAUUGAAAUGUGUGUUUUUUAUUAGUUUGAAAUUUUAGAAAUUUUUUUGUAUUUUUCUCGUGAAACUGGUGCUAAAAUUCUUGUAGCUUUUCCUAAAAGGAUGUAUCGAUGUCGAGUGUUCUGUGUUCAGUGUAAUCUGUUGUCGUCAUAGAUAAACUUCACGAGCAUUUCCUCAUUGCAGUCAUUGAUGGUUUUGAACUUCUUUUUUUGAUGUUUUACUGGGGUGAUAUGAAAUGCUUCUUUUUAAAUGUAUGAAGUACAUUAUGUAAAUUAAACUUUUAGUAAAAGAAAUGAAAUUUAUUUCUUUUCAUUUUGUUUAUACCUUCUCUGUGUAUUUUUUAUAUUUGAUAAAAAUCUGCUAUUUUCAAAUGUGUAUUUCUUCAUAAAAUUUUAUAUAUUUAUUUAUCUGAAGGAAAAGUGAUAGCAUUGUGGUAAAGAUGACAGAAAAGUGUUCUGUAACCAAGGAAUUAGUGGUAUCAAAUCAAUACAGGAAUAUAGUUGGUAUGAUUUCAGUGCCUUGGGAUAGUUACUGGUUAGUUUGGAAGUAGAUGUUUUCUUUGUCUUAUUUUAUUGCAUAUAUUUACGAUCUGCUUGUCAAAUGAUUGCUUAUUGUAAUUUUUUUUAAAGUUAUGCCUGAAAGUAUGUAUGUAAAAGAACAUUAUUAUCCUAAUAGAAAUGAAUUGUAGCUUACGCUCUGAGUUAACAACUUUUGUAUCUAUUUUGUAUUUUAAUAAUUCUUUCUCUUGAAAUUCCAUAUAUUUGCACACAUAAUGUAACUCUUUGGAAAUAAUGUAAACUAGUUAUAAUGCUCAUGGGUAGUGUUGGUGAGUGCCCUUUUUGGCAAAAUGCAUCUUUAUAUCUAAAUUAAUAUAUUUUUGCUUUCAUUUUUCAAAGCUAUUUGGAGCCCUUUUGUACAAAAUGAAAUCUUAUUUUUAUCUUAAUAUACAUGGCACAUUCAGACUGUCACCAGCACUGUACCAUUGAGUAUGCGGUUGAGCCAGGACCUAAGAAAUUGUACAGAUGUUUUGUAAACGGAAUUUUGUUUGUUCAUUGUGCGAGAUGGUGUAACAUUAAGUGGCACUGUAAUGUGGUGGUUUGACUGACAUCUUUUCACAUUUUUCAUUCCAUCUGUAGAACAGAACAUUGUGUGCUUUUUGUACAACAUAUUCGUUAGUUCUUGCUAUAUAUACAGUCAUUCCAGCGGAAUGUAGAAGAUAUCUCAAAGUGUGUUUUAUGAUGUAAUAAACUAAUAAAUGUCACAAAUUUUGUUUCCUCUA